AGGACUUAUCUGCAUUGUUUGCGACGUUUGUUUCCAUAUUAGAUACAGUUUAACUUUAAGCCCCAGUAAAUAUUAGCGGGAAAUGACCUUCGGCGCACCAGCCACAUGAUUCUAGUGUCUAAGUAGACUCCAGUUGUCAGUUUUGCGAAGGAUUUUCUUGAAGCCUCAUUCUCCCAGCUUGCCUUUCAGCUUGGUCCAAAGCCUUAUGUGAUUAAUAACCAUGGGUUUUAGUGAUCUUGGUUUGAUUCCUGAGUUAUGUUCAAUAUGUCAACGAGUCAAGUGGUUAUGUCCCACACAAAUACAGUCAGCGGCAAUACCUGUUUCUCUCGAAGGGAAAGAUAUUGUUGGAAUUGCAGAGACAGGAUCUGGUAAAACAGGUGCAUUUCUUCUCCCAAUAAUUCAACACUGGAUCAAAUCAGGUCAACCGGUUGGUUUCGCCCUGAUAUUGGCACCAACACGAGAAUUAGCUCAACAAUUAGCUAAUGAAGCAGAACACUUGGGACAGUAUAAAAGUGAUGAAGUGGAAUUCCGCCUGCAAGUUAUUCGACUGGUCGGUGGUGAAGAUAUCGUUGAUCAAGCUUUAAAGUUAGCCUGGAGAAAGCAUCACAUUAUUGUUGCUACUCCAGGACGUCUAGUUGAUCAUUUAAAGCAAUCGCCAAAUUUCGCUGCUCAUCAACUGUCAACAAUUCGUCAUUUUGUCCUAGAUGAGGCAGAUCGUAUGCUGAAUAUGUCUUUCGCUGAAGAUAUUGAUAAAAUAUUAAAUUUAUACGAGAAACCUAAAUCACAGAGUAAAAAACGUAAAAAGAAAUCUAAGACAAUCUUGGAGAAGAUAUCUGAAUCUAAUGAACAACAUAAUGGUAAUACUUCAACAAAUAAUUUUAAAGCAACAACAAAUCCUAUCAAGUCGAAAUAUCCACAUCCACAGACGUAUUUAUAUUCAGCAACAAUGACAAAAGAUGUUGUCAAGCUACGCCGUGCUGCACUUUCAUCAAACGCCGUUUUUAUCAGUUCAAAUGAUCCGUUACAAAAAGCAGAAGAGCAAGGUGAGGGUGAGAAAAGCAACUCUACUGAGAAGAUCAAUCCCACUGAUCAGCUGCAAUCAUUCACUGCCGCCCCUGCUGCUGCUGCUACUGCUAACAGUAUUGAUACAAUGAUAAAAUGUUUAAAAACUGGUUUCCCAGCUGGUUUAUCACAUUAUUGCCUGCCUAUCCGAUUGACAGAUCGUGCAGCAAUGCUCGAUUGGAUUGUAGAAAGUGUAACACGAACAAAUGUUUUGGAAAAGUUAGGUAUUUCAGUGGAUAACAGUGAUACAUCCAGUCAACAGAAUCAUCGUAUUAUGAUAUUUUGUAAACGAUGUCAUGAAACUGUACUAGUCUCAGAAUUUCUCCAUGAACGUGGUCAUUCCACAGUUGCAUUAACUGGUCGUAUGAAACAAACUGAACGUAAAGAAUCAUUAAGCAAAUUUAUAUCAGGUGAAGUGCAAAUCUUGGUGGCAACAGAUGUUGCUAGUCGGGGACUAGACAUUCCUCAUGUGGAAUUUGUUAUAAACUACAACGUGCCAUUAUCUGAGAAAACGUAUAGACAUCGUGUUGGUAGAACUGCACGUGCUGGUCAAAGAGGAAUAGCUCUAACCAUAGUAACACGUGAUGUAGCACCUGUGUUUCUAGAAUUAGAAGCAUCUCUACUACCAUAUCUACCAAAAUCUAAGGCGGAAGUCAGUGACUCUUCUCCUGGAAUACCUCGUUGGCCAAUUCCAGUCCCUGAUUUAAACGGUCGAGAUAGUAUACUUGUCCGUCGGCGGUUAGCUGAUCAAGCUUGGUCUCGAGCUUCAAAGACGAUUAGGGCCCAGGUAGCAAGUCAAAAACCUGUCGACAAUGAUGAUCUCCCUAGUUUCGAUUUACCAAUGGAUGAAGACAUACUUCAAGAGUAUGCCAAUUCAGAUAACAGUGAUGAUGCUGAAAGUGAUGACGACGACGAUGGUAAUAGUGACAAUAAUGAAAACCGCUCAUCAUCAUUUGAUAGUGACAGUGGUAAUGACUCAUCACCUGUAGAAAAACAAUCCUCCAAGCGUAAAUUGCCUAAACCUCUGCCAGACUUCAAGCUGAAAACAUCUGGGGAAGCUGGAAUAGCAGCUGCACGUAAAACAUGGAAGUGCAUUGCAAAGCUGAAUCAACAACAGAAGAAGGAGCAAGCUGAACUGGAAGAGACGCAUCGUGUUAACAAAUCAAUUGGAUGGGGUGUUACAUUUACAAAUAAGGAUAACGAUGAAGCGGUGAACGAUAACCAUAACAUGCAUAACGAUGAAAUGAGCGAUGAUGAAGACGAUAAUGAGGCAGUUCGUUAUGAACAACCAAUCAAGACAAAAUAUGCUAAAAUUCAAGCAUCUAAGAAAGCAAAGAAAAAUAAGCAGAAUAGGAAAUUUUAUGCAUAAUAUAGUCAUGGUGCCUCUUUUUCUGGCUGUAUAUAAUUUUCAUUGUAUUUAUCUAAAUAAAUGCCU